AUGGGAAAAUAUUUCACUUUAAUAAAAGUACGAAAAUUUCAUGAUCAUGACAGUUCGUCCCAAAACACGAAAACUUUUUAUGCUCAUAGCAUGUUGCCGAGUCAUAAAGUUAAGAUUAAUUUUAUAAAAAGACGUAAUAUUGAAAAAAGAAAGAGAUUGCGCAUUGGAAGCGAUGGGAAAUUUCAUGACCUUACACAAUCAAAAGUUUUAACUAUUUGUUUAUUUCUCUCUGCUUUAGCAUUCAACAUGACUUCACCAUCGAUGAAAUCAGCUGAAAAGAAAACACCAGAAAAAAAGAGAACUACCUCUGAAUCUUCAGAGCAUUCUCCAACUGAAAAUGCAGAACAAGAUACACGAAGACUUCGGCUUGACUUGAACGCAUUUGCUUGGAUGAGAAUCUUCACUUUUGCCAACUUGCUUGUUCGACAAGGUUAA